GCCAUCCCAGGUUUAUCUUAUUUGUAUUUUCAAUGUGAUAACUCACAUGCUAAUGUGCAAGAUAUGUGUAGGAGAGCAAGCGUAAACACAACUGUCACAGCUCGUGUUCAGCAUGACCAGGGUCAACAGGCAAUAUGGAUUAGUCUCUUCAACUUCACUAUGCAUUAACAUCUGUAGAAUGCUCUCCAACCAAAGAAAUUGAAACCAUCUCUCUUGUAAUCUCUUGUAGCAGGAUAUUUUAGUAUUUUCCAAAUCUCCAAACGGCUCUUGUUAAUUCCCUGCCAAAACUAUCAGUAGAUUCCUUCAUUCUAAUCUCCCAUAAUGCCUUAUUCGAUUAUUGUCAAUGCCCUCCGUCCCUGCUCUUCAGUCUCUCGAAACUCUUUAGUUUCUCAACUGAGCAAGUCAGACGAGGCGCAACCGCACUAGGGAAGUCAAGCAGGACUGGCGCAAUAAGCCCUCUCGUUUUACGCUAAGCCUUGCGAUGGUUGUUUUAUGUGGUUUAAAAUAAUGGAAUAUGCAAAUUAUUACAGUUGACCACGGCUUUCUGGUUGUGGACUGUCUACGAGGCAUGGCGUUCGUUUUCAUUUGUUUUUUUCUGUCCUGUGUGAGCAGUGUCUGGGGAAAUCAACCCAAAUCAACGGAAACCGGGAAUAUCUAUUUGGAUAACAUCACGCGUAUAUUGGAUAGAUUACUAGAUGGAUAUGACAACAGACUGCGCCCUGGAUUUGGAGGUCCUGUUACUGAGGUCAAAACAGACAUCUUUGUCACCAGCUUUGGUCCAGUGUCAGAUGUUGAGAUGGAGUACACCAUGGAUGUGUUUUUCCGUCAAACCUGGAUUGACGAGAGGUUGAAAUUCGAGGGUCCCAUCGAGAUUCUACGGCUCAACAACCUCAUGGUCAGCAAAAUCUGGACGCCAGACACAUUUUUUCGAAAUGGCAAGAGGUCCAUCUCACACAACAUGACCACUCCCAACAAGCUGUUUCGCAUCAUGCAGAACGGAACUAUCCUCUACACCAUGAGAUUGACUAUAAAUGCAGAGUGCCCCAUGCGUCUCAUGAACUUCCCCAUGGACGGCCACGCCUGUCCACUCAAGUUUGGUAGCUAUGCCUACCCCAUGAGUGAAAUUGUGUACACUUGGAAAAAAGGACCACUGUUUUCUGUGGAGGUUCCGCAAGAGUCCUCGAGUUUGCUACAGUAUGAUCUAAUAGGACAGACGGUGUCCAGUGAGAGGUUAAAAUCCAACACAGGUGAAUAUGUAAUCAUGACUGUACACUUCCACCUGCAAAGGAAAAUGGGAUUCUUCCUGAUCCAGACAUACAUCCCCUGCAUUAUGACUGUGAUCCUGGCUCAGGUCUCGUUUUGGAUCAAUAAGGAAUCGGUUCCUGCUCGAACUGUAUUCGGCAUCACCACUGUCCUGACCAUGACCACGCUCAGUAUCAGCGCCCGCCACUCUCUGCCCAAGGUCUCCUACGCCACGGCCAUGGACUGGUUCAUCGCCGUGUGCUUCGCUUUCGUCUUCUCGGCCCUCAUCGAGUUCGCCGCGGUCAACUACUUCUCCACGCUGCAGGCCAACAGGGAGCUUCGCAAGGCAGCCGCCAGCAAGGCGGCCCAGGAGGCCGCGGAGGCCGGGAGGAGCGAUGGGGAGUCCUCUUCGGCCUGCAGCAGCAUGCUGAAGAAGAGGAUGAACUCCACGCCUCACUUCGAGAUGCCGGCGGCGGUGUUCCCCAACCCUCCGGUGAACGCCCAGGCCUUCCUCCAGCAAGGCUCGGCCAUGCCAUCCAACAACUUGCUGACAGGAACCAGCAUCAUAGACAAGUACUCGCGCAUCCUCUUUCCCCUGUCGUUCGGGGCCUUCAACCUGGUCUACUGGAUCGUGUAUCUCACCAAGGACACCAUGGAGAUGACAAGGGACAGCGUAUGAGCCCCCUCCUGGAGCGAGCCCCCUCACUGAUCUCCCUCUAUCUCUCACACACACACACACACACCAAAGGACACUCACCGUUUGGAUAAAUGGCAGAUUGUC